GUUUAAUUUGUUGUUAAUAUCAAGAGUAUCAUGAAUAGGAAUUAAAAUAAAACUGCUGAAUUUCUAUGAAACUUUUGUUCUGUAUUACACAGUUUUAGCAGAUUUAAAUCACUAAAUGUUAACCAGAGUGUAACGUUAAAUUCAGAUAUGCCCGGUAAAAUAAAUUAGCCUGCUUAGUCAACAUGACUGGAAAAAAUGUCUGCCUGUGAACUUACGUGAAACGAGAAGAAGUGUUUCUCAUGAUAAGGUAGGUAAAUGUAUCAAAACUGUCAGCUGGAAGUGGGAAAAUAUUUGCCACACACAGUGCAUAUGUUCAGUAAUUCCCAGUCUGUUUAAUGUCGAUUUUCUCUUUCUUUCCUUUGAGUCUCAAACAAACCUUUGUCACAGUUUACAUCAGGUUUGUGUCAGGUGUUAUUUAGGAAUCUACAUGUUCAAAAUUGGUGUAUUCAAAGAUGUAGUCUAUACAGGCAUUCAAGCUUGACAAGUAGACUAUAUAUUUUAGUGCUAAGGCCAAGCCACAUGCCAAAUAUCUUUUCUCAGAUGUCUUGGUUUGCUGUCUGUUUGCAUUAUAGUAUAGUUUCUUUGCAUCAGUUGUAUUGCAUUUGUGGAGGAAGUGCUUGGUUAAAUUUUCCAAUUCUCUUAUUUUGUGUCUUUUGAUGGUUUUUCUUAAUUCAGUUCAUCUAUGUAUUCCUGUUUUUGGUCUUUUCUUGGUAUUGAUCGCUGUAGUUGUCUUAGACAUGAGUAACCUACCUCUGAGAGCAUUGGUUUUCCUAUUGCAAAGUCUUCCUGUAUAUCCUAAAAGGAGAUAUACUGUCUCCUUUGAUACAUAUUUCAGCAACCCAAACAAAAAUGAGUAAGUGCCAUGUGGGGUUUUAGUAAAUGAAAAUCACUAAUCACUAAAUAUCUUUUCUAAAUGGACUCUGUAGCCUCUAUUCAAUAGUUCUCACAACAAAAUCACCCAAAAAUCACAAAAAUGUUUGUCAUUUUUACCCAGUUUCGGUACUCACACAGUCACAGCAGGUUUUUCCAUUUUGUAAAAGUUGAUUUUAAGUUACACAAAUAUAGAAAAUAAUUAUUCAAACACAUGUAUGACAAAAAGGUGAUAUGCAAACAUUUUCAUUAUUGUGUUUAUAUUUUUAGUAACCCUGAUGCAGAAACAACUUUUUGUUACAUUUUCAUUUGCAGUAAAGAGAAAUUAAGAAGGGGGAAACGCUGAAAAGAAUCAACACUGGCAUACAAAAUAAAUAUUGACAGGCUUGUUAAAAAAAUAAGUAAAUUGCAGACAGCUUGAUUUUCAUCAUACUUUGAUCAUUUCAGCAUAUUUAUAAACAGCCUUUUGAUUCCCUCAUUAAUGAGGAUAAUGACGCAGGUACAGGUUCCUCAGCACCUCCUCACUGAACUGAUAUGUUAGCUUCUUUUUCACCUUUUUAAUCUCGCCAGUUUUACCAUAGUUCCUCAGAGCUCGUGCCAUUUUUUGGUAGGUCAUUUUUUUGCGGUUUCCUUUCUGAAUACCCCAGUGGCUGGCCAGAGAUUCUUUGUGUUUUGUGGAGAACUGGAAGAUGCCCUUGUCUUGGUCCACCCACCAGAUACUCUCACUCAUGUCGCCGUUUCUUAGCAAGUCCAGGAGAUAUUGGUACAAGCGGAUUUUCUUCUUGGUGGCUGUUUUGGAUAGAAGAAAGGGAUUUGCUCAGUCCAGUAGUCAUCUUAUAUAUCUAUCGACAUUUACAAAGCUGCUUAGGUCAAGCCACUUUAUCUGUUUACCACAGACCACUUUAGAUACAAUGUGGACAUUUUUUUGCAGCCUUGUGUCGAUAGAUCAGGAAUUUUCAUUAGUCACGACAAUAUCUAUGGUUUGUUAAUAGUAUUUUCCUAAACAUGAAAUAUUGUGUUAAGCUCAAAAUUGCAGUGUUCCCACAGUAGAAAGCCCAGUAUUGAUGAUUGCCAGCCACGCCCAACGGCUGACCCGAAAGUUAGAUACUCACUAAACUCUCUCCGGUAGGAGGUGUGGUUUUUUUCUCCAAAUUCAUCCUCUCCCUCCGAUACCUCAAGCGGGGGACUGCCUCCUCUUGGUUCCUCUACGGAGUAGCACUGGUGGCCUGGUGAGGUGGGGGGUUGGUACUGGUAGCACAGGGUCGAUGUGUAAAAUGGGAUCUUGAGGAGAUGGGUAAAAAUGUCUGAGUUUACAUAAGGGGGUGAUAGAAAUGCAGUUUUUGCCUUUUUUCCAUGUUACUGUCUGACAUUUUGGUGUACACUCUGUCAUUGUAAAGUAAAAGAGGAAGUUGCUCCCUCAAAAUAGAACUCAGUGCACAGCAAGCUCUUAUUGUGAAGAUGACAUUUCAAUGGAAUUACCCCCACAGCCCACAACAUGUGCUCCAUUUGAAGAGAUGUAGUUUCUUAUGUCUACAUCAUAUCUUAAUAAUGUUUUCUUUUAAAAUGAUGACAGUAAAUUUAAUGGGAUAUAAUUUUGCAUCUGGAUUUAGUCUAAACACUGUUCCUGUUUCAAUAAGCAGGAUCACAUAUAUCCAAACCAUUUAUUUUAAAAACAGGGGCAAUAGUGAAAAUUGAUCUAUUCACUUUCAGUCGUGACUUUAAGCCAUAACUUUGGCAUAUUGAAUUGCAUUCUCAUUCCAUGUAAACACGUGCAAGAUAAAUAAAAGACUAUCUGAGACACAGCAAAUAGAGAUAACAUUUCAACCCAGAGCCUACAUGCCAUUUAUUCAGACUGCUGACCCAUAAGAUGGGACCCAAAAUACCUCGAAAUACAUGGUCCAUACAUUUAGACAACAGAUGAAGCUCCAGCUGUUAGCUACCCUCAGGUGAAUGUAUAUUAUUUUGUGAUAAUAACUACGAUUAGCAAAGGCAGGGGAAUGAGAAACCACAUGUCACAAACUAAGGUAUUGUGCACGAUAUGCAAAACAUCAUGAAGACAUGGAAGCUAAGAGUGAUUAGAAGAAACCUUAAAAACCUUAACCUUAAAAAGAAAUUAACAUACAAACCAAGCAUAUAAUCUAAGGCAAAAAAAAUAAAAAUAAACUCAGGAAGUAGCCAAAAUAGAGCAUGAUUUAAUUCAAAUAUGGUUUAACAUAGUGUCUGCGGAUGAACAGUGUUAACUAGGUUUAUUGAGUGUGACUUACAUCAGCAGAGCCAGUGCCAGCAGCCUUCGUCCUUGCAUGUAGGUUAACAUACACAUGCUUAUGCUGGUUACCCAUUGCUCUGGUUGAAUAGUUAUGUGCCAGUAUAACUGGACGAAACCUGUGUACGACUUUACCUUCAUUUUCUAGAUCAAAAUAUUGCUUAUCUGCGCCACACUAUGAGACGCCAUCUGUUUGUUUACAUCGAAGUGGUAUAGCGUUACAGCACAAUGACAAUAGCCCUAAACCGGAGCUAGUGACAGGGAGCUGCACUACAUCCCAGACACAGGAAAUGACCUAUAAUGCAAAAAUAUUAAUGAUUUGUUAAACUAACUAGAGAUUGUUGUGCUAACUCGCAGGGGCAAUGACACUUCAUGGUUUAAUUGACCAAGAGUGCACGUCCACGUAAAAACUUAAUUUCACAUCAUGUAUUGAUAUCACUCUCAAAAGUGACCUUGUCUUUUUUUACAUUCUUUUGGAUGGUAGUUUUGCUUGUUACAUAUGUGUUUAAUCUUAUCCAAACAUUUCCUCACAUAUUAACGAUAUAUGAUACAAUUCAAUACACAAUAUGGUAAUAUAUUAUAUACCAUAUGAUACAAUACAAUAUGAAUACGCUGAAGCAAUCAUUUAUUUCUUACACAUGCUCCUACCUGAGGUGACACAGAGAGUGCUCCGAGAGUUGGCUCAAGGUGGAGGGCCAGAGGCUCAUUGCUGUAGCGGUAUGGUUGUAUCAGCUGUUGAGGAGACACCGACUGAAGCUCUGUGAGGUGAUUCACUGGGGAAUUUUCAAAGUCUGUUGGGUGCACACGCUCAGAGUGAAAGGUCCAUCUGUGGUCUGAAAUAUUAAACAGGUAAGACACUUGGCAAAGUCUCUUAACAGGUUGGCAAAGAGAGUAAGUGGUGUAGUAUUUUGCUCACUUUUUAACAGCUUAAUUCAGUCAACUCACCUUCAUAAAUCUCUCCCAGGUUAGUGAUGAAGGGGUACAUCUCUACAGGGGGUCUGUAAUCUUCUGAGUCAUUGGGAUUGAUUUCUUCAGAAGCCUUUGAAAGUGGAAAAUUAUAUUUUCAGACAGAGAAGGUAAAAUUUAGUUUCUCUACUUUAAUAAAUAAAGUUAAAAACGUUCACUGUAAUGACUUUUAUGUACUGAAAUCACAUUGUUUUUACUGUUUGCAGUAACACAAAGAAAGAAAUGCACAAAGUAAACAAGUGGCCGGGCAAUACACGUAUGAGUAAGUUUCCCAGAGUGCAAAGAAAAGGAUAUCAUGUUCUUAAUAAAUGACAAAUAUAACACUGUCACUAAGUCCUUCACUUCUUCUUAGAUCAAUAGAUGAAAUCCCACCUGGAUCACAAAACACCAGACCGGAUUAGCUUUAUUUCAGAGAAACGGCUAUACAAACACAGGCGAUACUUAUUUGAACAAACACCAGAUUGACCACUCAAGUGUCUCAAGCUACAAUCACAGACUGUCCUGUCAAAGGUCAAAUGUCACACAAGAGAGCAGCAAAACUUACAGGUGAGAUGACAAACCCAUCCAUCACGUAAACAAGGCAGCAUUAGAAUCCAGGAUCUCGAGGCUUGUGAACUUUUUCUUAUUUCUUAUAGAGAAACAGGCAACGUCGCUAAGCGCCGACCGCAGCAGACUGCGGGGCUAGAGGGAAGUGAAAGUUAGAAAUAAGCUGGACCCUGAACAUUCUCACAACAUUCAAUUGUCAGAUUCAUAUGAUCAGUUUGUUCCUGGUGUCUGGUUGUAAAUACACAUUAGGAGCCAAUCAUACCACACGUGUAUUUCCUUUAUUUAGGAGGUAUCAUUGUGAUGAUUCCUCUUUUUUGAAAGUACAGAAGCACUUUGAUCCUUUUGAUGGUCCAAAGAAAAGUAAAUAGCAGCAUCUAUUGUGUUGCUAAAUGUGUUUCUGAAUCAUUAUCCAUUUACAUGUGACCAAGAAGUGUGUAUGAAGCAUCUCAAGCUAUUUUGGGGAAGGUCACGCAGUUAUAUUGGGCAGUUUUAGUCUUUGAGCUGCAGUGAUAUGACCUCAGUGCAUAAUAUAGUUUUGUUCUGGGUUCAUUCCUUACAGGAGAUAAACCAUCAUAUCAAAAGACAUAAUUUGGCCUAACUCUUAACAUUGAAAGGGAAAAAUUAGGCCUACGUAUAGAAAAACAUAUUCACUUUCAAAAGUAGGAUUUGUUCAUAGAGGACUUUUUUAAAGAGUAAUGAGACACAAGACCCAAAAGCAAAAGUGAAGUUGGGAGCAGGGUUUGUUCCUCUUUUUAAUUUGGCAUUCUAGUUUCAAUUGAGGAAGUAUCGAGUAAGAGAAUGAAACCAUCGUGACUCUGUCUAAACUGUCCACAUGACCCUGUUUUUGCUGCAGUAUAUUUCCGCUCAGAAGCAUAAAACACAGAUUUAUCCGUCUUAGCAUGACGCCCUGCCUAACAGGAAUCAGACACUAACGCUUCAAUCACGCAGGCUUUAUGUUGGUGGUGUAACAACAACACCAAAAACCAUGUAACAUUUAGUUAGAAAAACUGCAAUGCUGUAAUCUUGCAUAAUUUUUGCCAUGUUUUUAUCCUUGUUCCAGUUAAAAUGGAAAGUAACAAGGAGCUAUCUGUUGGAUGUGAUGCAACUGUUCCCUGUUAAUCAGACAGAGGUAAAACAGGCUUUCUGUGGGAAUUAAUAGUAGCUCCUACAUAACUGAACAGUUAAGACUACAGCAGCAGGAGAAGAUGAUAUAACAGUCUGAGAGAGGGCACUAUCUGUGGUGUAACUCUCUCAAACUUUGGACAUCUCUCCCCACAGAUCAUGAUCUGCUGUGUCAGUGCUGGCCUGGGGGGUUGUUGUGCUUUCAAAUAUUUGCUCUGUCUCCAUCUACUGGAAAGAAAUGUUGGACUGGCCAGUAUCUAGGCUAGACUGAGUUCAGCGGCACAGAGGAGACAACCAAAAUAUUGUUAAUCGAGGCCCAAAUUUAUUGAUUCUCAACCUCGGAAUUUGGCUCCUUCGUGUCGAUGGUCGGUCAAUGAAUGAAAUGAGGGCUUUGGGGAUUUAUCCGCAUUUCAGGUUUCAUUCUAUUGUUGAAUUCCCUCCCCAUCUCAAAUACUGACAGCAGCAGCAGCAGCAGCCAGGAGCGGAGCCCUGCUGUCCCGUGGAUUUAUCACGGUACCUAGGCGAGAGACGCAUGGAACAUGGCUGCUAUGAGGACUUUAACCGUGGCAGGUCUUUUUUUGGCUUUUUGCGCUUUGGGACUGAUAGCGAUUGCGAUCAGCACUGACAACUGGUACGAAACUGACGCGAGGAGGCACCGGGAGCGCUGCAAGAAUUAUUCCAACAAAAGGAACGAUCCGGGCUACAUUUACAUCUCCAACAACAACCUCCCGCUUCGCAUGUUGCCGAAGGAGAAACAUUUGGAGAGGAGGGGCACCGGUGUCAGCGGCGAGAUGCUGCUGCGGGUUAAACGGCACUUCUCGCCUCCUGCCCCGGCCAUGGAGUCCCUCUGCAGUCGGCAAUAUAACUCCACCAUCACGGGACUGUGGAGAAAGUGCCAUCGAGCGGGCUUUGACUUGGAAACAGAGGAUCUAAUCUUCAAAGGUUCGUUUUUAAUGUCACAUUUUGUGCUGUUGUGCGUUCAUUUUAGCGCUAUCAGUGAGUACUUGUGCAUGUGUGCGUUAUCCAAGGUGCUGAUGCUGCGCACAGACCCUCCAGGCCUACGCAGUAACACACGGAGUACAGUUACAACGCAAUCUACGUGCUGUGUUAUUUCCCAGCACAAAAGGGCAAGCCGUAGUAACAGAAGCCUCAAGAUGCGUACAAUAAGCUACUCUACAAUGGUGUGGGUGGAUGAGUGAGUGGGUGGGUGGUGAAGAGGGGUUGGGUAGCUGUUUUUGGGAGGGGGGGUGGUAGCACUCAGAAAGCCCUGUGAUAUCCUCCUUAUCUGAUCUCAGUGCUUAUGUGACAUCCUCUUUGUUGUUUACAUGCACAGGAUUGGUUCCGCGCUGCACACCAAUAAAAUACUACUACUCAUCAUCAGCGCUGCCCAGGAAUCUGCCAAUCAAUCUGACGAAGACAAUAAGGCAGGAUGAGUGGCAUGCGCUACGUGAGUUUCCCAAAUGUCCCAUUUUCACACUCCAGUUGGAUUAAUGUAGAGAGAUGUGGUCCAGCAUCCAAAAACACUCUCGCUUUGUUUAUCCAUAGACCUCCAGAGGAUGACUGCCAGCUUCGUAGGCAUGGCUGUAUCUAUCAUCCUAUUUGGCUGGAUAAUAGGCGUGCUGGGCUGCUGUAAAGAACAUGAUCUGAUGCAGUAUGUCGCUGGACUCCUCUUCCUCAUGGGAGGUAAGAUAUACUUUACAUAAAGAGCACUACCCUGACUGACCACAGAGGGGCAGUAAAGCAUUUGCUAAAAGAGAGUGCUGGAAUGAUGCAUCAUCCACAGGAGAUGAAAAUGUGCUGUCUGACUUGAUUGUGUGUUUUUUUCCAGGAACAUGCUGCAUAAUCUCUCUCUGUACAUGCGUGGCAGGGAUCAACUUUGAACUGUCGCGCUACCCUCGCUACAUGUUUGGAAUACCCGAGGACAUCAGCCACGGUUACGGCUGGUCCAUGUUUUGUGCCUGGGGUGGACUCGGCCUUACAUUGCUGGCUGGUUUCUUGUGCACACUUGCUCCAUCCCUCUACCCUCCACACACUCCCGUGGUGCACAAGCCUAGGCAGGAGAACGGCUGCGUGUGACAGGCCUCAGCCACAUCGAACAGACACCUGUCUCAUCUGUGAACAGUGAUGUUUGAGCCCUGUUGCAGAGACAGUUUGACCCGUGCAGGGAUUUGGAGCAAAGAGAGAGGGGGCCUUCACAGAGCCAGGCACAGAAUCAGAAAGGCACACUGGCUCUGGCUCUCAUGAACAGUAGAAAGAGGUGACAUUUGACUGAAGGGGAUCUCAGUCCCUCUGGUGCUUUUUUUCCGUCCCUCUUUAUGAAUGAACUGUUCAGUGUUAUUGCUUGCUUUUCAAGAGGAAAAUAGUUAUAAAAACAUUUUCUUCCUGUAAAAUCUGCUAGUUUGAGAAGAAAAAAGGGAAAAGAAAAACUGGCAGAAGAUCAAUAGCACAAAUUUAAAAUCUGUACUGAAGAUCAUACCAUGGAAGUGUUCGGUCACAUUUCAAAGGGCAACUGUGUAUCAUUAUGUACCCAUUCAAAACAAAAUAUGUACAUGUACUUUUUGAAUUGUAUGUAUGCAGAUGCAUUUGUGUUUAUUCAAGGAAAAAUACGAGCAUUCAGACCAAACUGUGUUUGAGGGAAAUGUUUGUGGUUCUUGAGGUCUUAACCCCCAUCGAAAUAUUUUUUGAAAAAUAAAACAGCCGUGCAAAACUGUUUUUAUGCCUGCAUGUGUAACACUCCGAGCCCACACCAUUGAAACGUCUUUGUGGUUGUCUUUUAUUUUGCAUUACAACAUGAGGUCACGGGUGUGCCAGGGAGCAGAGAGGCCUGCUAAUUGAGAAAAACUUUUACAGCAUUUCUCUUUAAACUGCAGUUAUUUUAAUUUUGGUGGCGCUUCAAGGAAACUGUUUUAUGCUCCUCUGAACAUUUUAAUGGUGAAAAGCCUGUGACUGAAGCUUGAGUCACUGACCAAAAACUGAGAAACAAAAUGGACUAAAACAAAACAAUCCAAGUGAAACAGAGCAGAGAGGAGUGAGGUAAUGGGCUGCUGCCGGUUCAAAUGAAAUUCAACUGUAUUUAAUAAACACAAAUGAUCCAUACAGAGACAUGAAAUCCAAAUACUUUUGCAUCAAAAGCUCUCUGAUCUCAUGACAACAUCAAAAGUUUACAUUUGUUUUAUGAUUGAUUACUAUCCAAAGAUUUUUUCCUUCGUUUCCAACAUACAUACCUUUGACGUGAGCUAUUAUUACUUUCCCAUUCUAAUGAGAAAUUAAAUGUCUCUAGACAGCUAUCUCACUUGCUGGCUUCACUUGUUCCUUUUGUUUUUUUCUCUGCUCUCCAGCAUCAUUUCUUUAUCAUUACGUUGCCCAAAUCGUGUGUUUUAUCUCUGUGCAGUUGAAAACAUCUGAUUAGAUUAGAUUUUAGAAAUUGAUUUUAAAGUAGUUAAUGUGCCUCUUGUCUAAUUCUCUCCAGAAAAAUGGAUCCUGAUUCCAAAGACCAACUGACUGAUUUAAAACCAUCUUAACUCUCCAAGAGGGACCCAUACCAGGAUCUGAGGAUUCACCUCGGUUCAUAAAGAAUUAAACAGUCAUUUGUGUACUUAGGGGCCGGUCCCAUCCAUCCCUUAAAAUUGCCAACUUUAAUAUUAAACUUCAUUAAUUUAAAGAGUUUUGCAGAUGUUUUUUUCUUUUCUAUUCUUUCAUGCUUAGGUCUGAAAAGAUUCUGUUUAUUUUAGCAGGAUUAGAGUCAGUUACAGAUGUCUAGACAGGAUGUGACAAAUGCAUGAAUAAGUACUUGAAGCUGCUUGGGGGAUAUCAUAGGUGAUGGAGAAAUGUCUUCAGUUUUAGAUGAGUCUGGCAAAAAGGGAGCAAAACUGUGGUAGAAUUAGGUCAGGUGUAGUGUUGGAG